CUGACUAUCGACCUGAUUCUGCUGGAUAUUAUUUUUUGCUUGUUGGAGUUGAAAAAUCAAAAGUUGGAACUUAUGGGUAUUUGGCACUACAUAAAGCAGGGAAAGCCUACAACACUCAACUAAUUGACGCUCAUGCUGCUUGUUUUGCCAAAUUCAAAAUGGAAGGGAAUCCAUUUACAAGUGAUCUCAUUUGUUAUUCUCUACGUAAAUCGGCUAAAAAAGGAAAGUUGACCAUUAAAGAACUCGAAACUGAUGCUGCAAAUAGAAAAUACACAAAGAAGUCUUUUGAUUUCGUUUAUUCGGAUGGUUCUCCAGAUAGUUUUCCUCUCUCAAUGCAGGCGUCUUCAACGUAUGGAAUACUGUACAUGAUUACCAAUCAUGGUCAUGUUCAAGUGUUCGAAAUUGAAACAGGCUGUUCGAUAUACACAGUAAGAAUUUCGACUGAUCCUAUUUUCAUUACAACUAGACACACUUUUAAUAAUGGUUUUCUUGCAAUUACUGAAUAUGGAACGGUCUUCUCUGUUUGUUUGGACAAGAAAACCAUUAUUCCUUACGUCACUCAAAAGUUACAAAACCCGGAUUUGGCUCUCAAAUUAUCAUCUCGUCUCAAACUUGCUUCGGAGUCAAUGGAUGACGCGGCUGCUAAACCGAUACCGAUGCUGUGGAGGACCGAAAGUAGCAGCGAAGAGGAUAAAAAUGUUGGUGAGGUAGUCAAAUCAGCUUCUCGUUGCAAGAUUCCGACGACGUCAAGAACUGAAAGUAGCAGCGAAGAGGAUGAAAAUGUUAAUGAGGUUGUCGAAUCAGCUUCUCGUUGCAACAUUUCUGAUGAUGAUGUUGUGCGCAAAUUUGAUUUAUUGAUCAAAAACGGGGAUUAUCAUGAAGCUGCAAAAUUGGCCGCAACGGCACCCAAAAAUAUUCUUAGAACCCCACAGACGUUACAAAAAUUAAAAGAAGCUGCUCCACCAGCAAAGGCAACUCAUUCUCUUGUUAUCUAUUUCACUACAUUGUUAGAACAAGGUUCUUUAAAUAAAUACGAGUCGUUGAAACUGUGUCGACCUGUUUUAGUUCAGGUUUGCAUUUAA